GCACUGGGAAAGUUGCUUGUGGCCUCAGACGGCGGCAUGAGCAGGAAGAGUCGUUUGAACGGUCAAAAGAGGGAGCGAGCAAUGAUAGUAGUCCGGACGCGAAGCCUGCACAGGUAUCCUUUUUCUGCUUCUUUGACCGUCACCGAAUCCGAGGGAGCGUGAGAGGGGAAGGGACCGCGUGGUGCAGGUUUGGAUCCAACGCUCAUCGGGUUCUUUUGGAGAAAUCCUGAGGCAGAGCGGAGUAGUAGUCCUAAUCUGGACUGGGAUUGGGAUCUGCAUCUCGUGAAGUGUGGAAUUUUUGCUGUUCAAGGUGUUGCGGUAGCCUGAAAUUGUAAAUUUAUAGGCUUCUAAUUGGAAAAGUAACCGUUCAAGCGAUUGAAGUUUGUUCUUCAUAAGUAUAGAGUUUCGGUAAGGAUGGCUUCGGUUAGUAUGGCGCCAUCCUCAGGAUUGAAAAAUGCCAGUGGUGAUGCUUUUGGCAUGGAUAGAUUGCCUGAUGAGAUAAAUGACUUGAAGAUAAGGGAUGACAAGGAAGUUGAGGCAACUAUUGUUGAUGGAAAUGGCACUGAAACUGGACAUAUAAUUGUAACUACCAUAGGUGGGAGGAAUGGCCAGCCAAAGCAGACUAUAAGCUAUAUGGCUGAACGUGUUGUGGGAAAUGGAUCCUUCGGAAUAGUUUUUCAGGCGAAAUGCUUGGAAACUGGUGAAACGGUUGCAAUAAAGAAGGUUCUUCAGGACAAAAGGUAUAAGAAUCGUGAGCUGCAAACCAUGCGUCUUCUUGAUCAUCCAAAUGUUGUCUGUUUGAAGCACUGCUUCUUUUCAACGACUGAGAAGGAUGAACUAUAUCUUAACCUGGUGCUUGAGUAUGUACCAGAAACUGUUCAUAGAGUGAUCAAACACUAUAACAAGGUGAACCAGAGAAUGCCCCUAAUAUAUGUUAAGCUCUACAUGUACCAGAUCUGUAGAGCAUUAGCUUAUAUCCAUGGCAGUAUAGGUGUUUGCCAUCGAGACAUCAAACCGCAAAAUCUUUUGGUCAAUCCUCAUACACACCAACUAAAAUUAUGUGAUUUUGGAAGUGCUAAAGUGUUGAUGAAAGGAGAACCAAAUAUAUCAUACAUAUGUUCUAGAUAUUACCGAGCUCCUGAGCUGAUAUUUGGUGCAACUGAGUAUACCUCAGCUAUUGAUAUUUGGUCUGCUGGCUGUGUUCUGGCUGAGCUUCUACUAGGGCAGCCUCUUUUCCCUGGAGAGAGUGGAGUAGACCAACUAGUUGAAAUAAUUAAGAUCCUGGGCACCCCAACUAGAGAAGAAAUCAAAUGCAUGAACCCAAAUUAUACUGAAUUCAAGUUUCCUCAGAUCAAAGCUCAUCCUUGGCACAAGAUUUUCUACAAAAGAAUGCCGCCUGAAGCUGUGGAUCUUGUUUCUAGGCUUCUCCAAUAUUCUCCA